AUGGCUUUCAUGGGGUCGUUCGACCCCAGUGACCCCACUGUAGAUCCGGUCAGUAGUAAUCUUUACAGGCCCUCCUUGAGUUUCAGGGACGAGGUCGCUACUUCAGAAUCAGCAGAGUGGAUGUUUUUAGCCACUAACCUUGGCCUAGAGAUGUUGUCAGCUGCUUCUGUGCUCAUUUCCAUCUGGGAGCUAACAGCAUACCAAAUAGUGCAUAGUGGGUAUGUUUACUGCCUUCGGCAUGCUGGUAAUCCUUUCAAAGCAUCCCUUUUGCCUGCCAUAUUUCUUCUCUGUUUAGGUGGUUCAAAACUAAGUAAUAACCGAAGGAACGCCAAUACCACUGAUAACAACAUCUUGAGAAAGCCUUUGGAUAGUAAUUCCUCUACCUCUACCUCUACAAUUACUAGCACUUCACAUUCAAGCCCGCUAUUUCAGGCUCAACGGGGUCUUCUUCGAUCCAGGUGGAGAGCCCCUCGGAUGCGCUGGACUACCACUCUACACGCUCGCUUUGUUCAUGCUGUUUACCUUUUGGGUGGCCAUGAAAGACAAUAUGAUGUCCAUGAAAAUCCUUCUUCUGGGGAUGCCACUGAAGACAUAAUUUUUUAUCUUCAGAACCAAAGAAAGUCCGGUGAUCAGCUCUCAUCAGCGCAGACUGUUCAUGUUCAAGAUAACAAGGACUCCCUUGGAAAAUUCUUCAAGCUGUGGAAAUUGAGAGAGCAACAACUGGUUUCCCGGUUUGCAAAUACUCGUCAUGGAGAUCAAUCUUCUACUGAGCCAUCUUUAACACCUAGUAGUAAUCUUUACCGGCCCUCCUUGAGUUUCAGGGAUGACGAGCCCAUAAAGGCUACUUCAGAAUCAGCAGAGUGGAUAUUUUUAGCCACUAACCUUGGCCUAGAGAUGUUGUCAGCUGCUUGUGAUCAGUGGGGAUGGGGAAUGCUCCGGCGGUUUUAUCAUCCACCUCCUCGUAAUAAGCUUUUUGGUACUCUUCCUGACAUUUAUGGACUAGUUGCUGGCAUCUCACAGUGCAUUUGCUGUAUAGUUCAGUAUGUUUACUGCCUUCGGCAUGCUGAUAAUCCUUUCAAAGCAUCCCUUUUGCCUGCCAUAUUUCUUCUCUGUUUAGGUGGUUCAAAACUAAGUAAUAACCGAAGGAACGUCAACACCACUGAUAACAACAUUAUGAGAAAGCCUUUGGAUAGUAAUUCCUCUACCUCUCCCUCUACAAUUACUAGCAUUUCAAGUUCAAGCCCGCUAUUUCAGGCUCAACGGGGUCUUCUUCGAUCCAGGUGGAGAGCCCCUCAGAUGUGCUGGACUACCACUCUACAUGCUCGCUUUGUUCAUGCUGUUUACCUUUUGGGUGGCCAUGAAAGGGCUACACCAGAGUCAGUUCUUGGGCUUAUGGAUGUCAAAGAUCUCACCUUGGAACUUGUCAGAUCUCAUUUACAGAUUUAUCGGACGGUUUUCAUGGCCAAUAGAGCAGCGGCCUUUUCAGGACAAUCUACUUUUUCCAGACAAUCUGAUGUCCAUGAAAAUCCUUCAUCUUGGGAUGCCACUGAAGACAUAAUUUUUGAUCUUCAAAACCCAAGAAAGUCUGGUGAUCAGCUCUCAUCAGCGCAGACUAUUCAUGAUCAAGGUAACAAGGACUCCUUGGGAAAAUUCUUGAAGGUCAACACGAAUUAA